AAUAAGCAUGCAUGACGUUGGUCUCCAAGACUACAUCAUGGUAUAAAUGGACAAAGGCGCAGUAGACAUUACAGAGCGGUCAGAGAAGGGAAAGAACAUGCAGCUGUUAAGAGUUCCACUCUGCUUACCUUUACUGGUUUUAACAUGCUGGGCAGUUCUUCAUGGCGUCUCAGGGUCGUGCUCGAAUAACGGUGAUUGCCAGCAUUCAGGCACAUGCGACACAAGCGCCAGCACCUGUGACUGUACUCAUACUGGGUAUGAUGGUGACAACUGUGAAAAUGACAUUGAUGAGUGCAGUACAAGUGCUGAUGUCUGCGAUACAAACGCCGACUGCACAGACACGGAAGGAUCCUUCACCUGCACAUGCAAGUCUGGCUAUGUUGGAGAUGAAAAGACUUGCACACUUGGCGUGUGCUCCUCUAAUGGCAACGAAUGUUUAAAUGGUGGGACAUGUAAUAUCCCCUCGGGCGAAGCUGCUAGUACAUGUAGCUGUGCAGCUGGAUAUACUGGUACACUUUGUGAAACCGACAUUGAUGAGUGCAAUACAAAUGCUGAUGACUGUGAUACAAACGCCGACUGCACAGACACGGAAGGAUCCUUCACCUGCACAUGCAACUCUGGCCAUGUUGGAGAUGGAAAGACUUGCACAGAGGGUGUAUGUUCUGAGGGUGGGACAGAAUGCGUCAAUGGAGGAGCAUGUGACACAAGCAGCACCCCCACCAAGUGUAAAUGUGCGGACGGUUACACAGGAGACACCUGUCAGAAUGUUGGAGGUACGGUGAAGAUUUCAGCAUACUUAAUGGCGUUGACUGUUCUCACCUUUUUCGUCAUCCUGUGAAAUGACCACAAACUGACUGCCGCAACCUGCUGGAACUGAGUUCUUGUUUGAGGUGUUGAAAUGAAAUAUGCUUAUGAACGAUAUUAGGGAACAGAAUUUGGGCGAAUCAUGGGACAUUCGGCAAAGUUUUCAUCACACCAGAUACUAAAAUGUCACGCAUUGAAAUUAUUUUAAAUCAAAGAUAUUUACUUUUAAGGAAACAUUAUUCUGCUAUAAUUACAAUUUUUCGUUAUUUUGCUAUAUGUGUAUAUCGUUGCUAACUUAUUCCGUUUUGUUCGAAUCAAAGUAUGCAUUAGUUUGUUGUGUUCACUCUCCUUUGUUCUAUUACCAUAAAAUGGUGACAUUUGAUUUACGUGGAAAAAUCACUGACUAUGUACUGAUUGUUAUCAUCUCACUGUAGGUAAAAAGGCAAAAUUCCUCCCUGCAUACUUCGGCUACUGAUCACAUGUUACUGAUGACGUGGACCUCUCUCCGAGUGACCACUGACACAGAGUGAAUGUGAUCUACUUUUUACCUAUAGUGACACUCAAUAUCCACUUAAAAAUCUUCAGAUGCACAGUAAUGUUUUAUUUCCUAUUUUUGUAACUCUUAACGAAUAAACAUCACCUGCAAG